GCUCAGAACCCCUGCUGUGUUGUAAACAACGAAGGUGGCUUAGAGUUAUCAUUCUGUUCCAUGUUUUGUUGAUUCAGUUAACAUGAAUUAUGUUACUUUUUAAAAAUCCAAUCCUUAAAUUUAUUCAAUGAGAAAUUAAACUUUGUUUAUAAUCAUGGCUCAAGCGAAAAUCAACUCGCAAGACAAAACAGACAACACGCUUAAGGAUAAAGAGAAAGAGGCUGAUGAAAAGGAAGGCUCAACAACAGUACCUGAAUGUGCAGUCUGUCUUCAGCCAUGCAUAUAUCCCGCAAGAUUGCCAUGCAAUCAUGUAUAUUGUUACCUGUGUGUCAAAGGUGUUGCGAAUCAAAGCAAAAGGUGUCCUAUGUGCCGUCAAGAAAUUCCUCCUGAUUUCCUUGACAGACCACAAUUGGUAGAUGUAGACGAAGCACUAAAGGAAUCAGAACAUUCUGAAGAGGAAUACCAGUGGUUUUAUGAAGGCAGAAAUGGUUGGUGGCAAUAUGAUCAGCGUACAAGUCUUGAAUUAGAAACAGCAUAUAAACAAGGCAAACGGAAUUGUGAAUUAUUAAUUGCAGGAUUUCUUUAUAUCGCUGACUUUGGUUCCAUGCUACAGUUACGUAGAAAUGAUCCUUCUAGGCGAAGGAGAAUUAAGCGCGAUUUAUACAAUGUUCCCAAAAAAGGAGUAGCAGGUUUAAGAUUAAAUAAUCAGGAUGAAGAAAUCAUUAGAGAAAUAAGGGGAGCAGAAAGGCCAGCUAGUCCUGCGAGUGACAAUAUGGGUAUAGGUGAUGAAACAAAUACUUUAGUUCCACCAAGUAACACCCCACAAACACCAGCUGGUGGCACAGCAAGUGGUGAUGCUACUCCUUUAAAUGAUAGACUAGAACAAAGAUCAGACUCUUUACAUCAAGUAUUAGAACAAAUGCGUUCCUUAGUUCAAAGAGAACAUUUGUCUUCAAAUGCAGAUAAUGAAUUAGAGGAAAUUGUAGAAAAUGAAUCACUUUCCACUCAUCCUACAUUAUAAGUACAAACGUGUAACAAUUCCUAUUCAUCGAAAGAAGAAAAUUAUUUAAAAACAUUAAUUUUAUUGAAAUAAA